GUACGUAGUCUGGAGUUUGGACGCAAUGAAAGCAAGGAAUGCUGUCCUUUUUCCACAUGUUGAAACCCCAAUAAGCCACCAACCGAAACUUGACAUGCAUUCCAGCCCACAGCACCCAUCAUGCAUCAUCCAUGCAGAAAUAUUAAGUUUGGAAUAUCCAAGAUCGAAUGCCUGCCUCCAUCUUCAUUUCCCACAAGGAAAACCUGUUAUUUUUUCUGACUUCUUCAGCUAGCUAAUUGGUAUACUUCCCCUAUAUAAUCCUUGAGCCAUUUCCAUAUCUAUAUACAAAGCAUUACACUGAUCAUUUUAAUUAAGACGCAAAGCAAGCUCUUAAUUAAGUUGUUGGUAUAAAGUUCAGUUUGUAUUAGUUGAUCAUUGAUGGCAGAUAUCAGAGGAUCAAUGAGAGCUAUGGGAGAGAGAUUACUGCCAUCGACACCCACACCCAUGCUCGAAAAGAUUGUUCCUUCCUCAGACUGGACAGAAGACUGCAAUGGCCAUUACCUUCUCGUUGAUCUUCCAGAUUUUAAAAAGGAGGAGGUCAGGCUUGAGGUGAAUAUCUCAGCUGGCCACAUAACAAUCAGCGGAGAAAGGCAAGUGAACGAAAAGAAAACCGAGUAUUUUAAGCAGAAGUUUACCCUUCCACCAAACUCAGAUGUUGAUAAGAUCACCGGAAAAUUUGACGGUGAGAUUCUCUAUGUCACCGUACCAAAGGUGGCAACAGCGGUCGAAGAAAAAAGGAAAGAACCUGAAAUAAAGUAUGAAAAUGUCCAAGGCAGCGCUGCUGCUGUCACGGAACCUCCUCAAAUAGGGAAGAAUGAAAAUGUGGAAGGCUUAAGACGCAAAAAUGAAGGAGAGCAAGGCUCAAACAAAGUUGAUGGCAUAAAGUAUGGAGAGAUAAGAAAAUUAUUAGGAGGAGGAAAUGGGCACAUAUUCUUUUCUGCAGAAGAUAUAAGGAAAUGGGAGGAGGAAGGAGGGAAUAUUAUAAAGACUGCAAUGGAGAUGUUGAACAAAAACAAAGGGAUAGUUUUGACUGCUGUGGUUGCAUUUUCAUUAGGGAUGCUAGUUUCUCGUAAGUUCCAAUCAGCUGGAGAAUGAGCUGAUUAAGGCUAAUUAAGCUGUGUGUUAACUGUUAAUUAAGUUACAUCACAUCGUAUGGUUGUUGAUAUAAAUGUACAGAAUAAAGAUUUCAAUAAAUAAUAAGUUAGUCCUCAGCUAUAUUUCUAUGAUUGAA